AUGACCAAGAGAAAUGUUGCUGCUAAUUCUUCUUUUGAAAGAGCUAGCAUGGCUUCCCUGGAUCAAAAGUUGGCCAUGGCCAAGCGCUGUUCUCAUGAGGGUGUGAUGGCAGGAGCCAAGGCAGCUGUUGUUGCUACUAUUGCCACUGCCAUCCCAACUAUGGCUAGUGUAAGGAUGCUACCCUGGGCAAGAGCAAAUCUUAAUCACACUGCUCAGGCUCUCAUAAUUUCCACAGUGGCUGGAGCAGCAUACUUCAUAGUAGCUGACAAGACCGUUUUGGCAACUGCAAGAAAGAACUCCUUCAACCCUCCCUCUAACGCUUGA